GUUGGUGUCCCUGACUUGGCGCAUGCGCCCGAUUCCAAUUAAUGGCGCCUAUCACCGAAAUUAUUUUAGGUUAGAAAAAAAAAGAAAAUGUUUCCAAUUAAGGCAAGAGGCGCUUUAUCACUUUUGCGCGCUGUCAAGAAGCCCCGAUUCCUCCGUCUUAACACUACGACGACUACCGAUUACGAGCCCCCUCGUAUCGAAAAAAGCAUCAAUAGCGUGCAGUUGUUGGGGCGCGUUGGCGCCGAUCCCCAGAAAAAAGGCACCGAGGAGCACCCAAUAGCAGUAUUCUCGAUGGCCACUCAUACCAACUAUAGGUACGAGUCCGGUCAAUUUUUACAGCGUACCGAAUGGCAUCGAAUAGUUUGUUUCAAACCAGGAUUGAGAGAAACAAUUUUAAAUUUUUUGAAAAAAGGGCAAAGAGUUCAUGUUACAGGCCGCAUCACGUAUGGAGAGGUAAAAGGAGACGAUGGGACGGCUAGAUCUACGACCGCGAUAGCAGCUGACGAUGUUAUUUUUUUCAAUAGUGCUGAACAGAAACGGAAGUAAGGCAAGACUGUUCAAAGAUCUGUUUAACUAAUACUUAUUUUGUAUAAAAUUUGUAAACAAUCCAAAAAAACAUUUUCACUUAAAAUUAA